ACAGCUUUAGCAGUGCAGUCCCCAAAAAGAUUUGGUAUCCGCAUCCUCUUCUUCCUACAUCCUCUGCGUCUUCGGCCCCAAAAAUCUAGAGAGCUUGUUCUCUUUCCAAACAGUCACCUAUCCUUCACACUUACAAAACCACUGAUCGAACAAGAAGAAGAAGAAGAAGACGAAGAAGAAGAAGAAGAAGAAGAAGAAGAAGAGGAAGACUCCAAUUAGACCGAAAUGGACUUCUCCAUCAACCAUUCUACUCCUUCUCCUUCUUCCUCCUCCACCUCCUCCUCCACCCUUCACCCACCCACCGCCACCACCGACGCUACCACUCCCGCUACCACCGUUGCUACAGCCGGAGAUCACGAUCCCAUGCACUCAUGGUGGGAAUCCGUCUCCAAACAACGUUCUCGGAUCCUCUCGCUUUCUUGUCUUCUCUCCUCUUCUAUCCACCCCGAUAACUCCCUUUCCCCUCUCGCUGACUCCGAUCGCCCCGCCCUUUCACUCCUCUCCUCCCCUGACGCCUACUCACUCCUCUCCUCCGCCCUUUCUGCACCUCGUUCGGGUUCCGGGGGUGACCCACUUUGCCAGUGGCUUUAUGAAACCUAUCUCUCCUCUGAUCCCCACCUUCGCCUUAUCGUUCUCUCCUUCCUUCCCCUUCUAUCGGGCAUCUACCUCUCUCGUAUCCACUCCUCUGAUUCUUCUUCCCUCCCUUCACUUUCUGGCUUCGAGGCUGUCCUCCUCGCUAUAUACGCUUCUGAGGCCAAGGCUCGCGCUGGCAAACCCCUCGUCGUCCAAGUUCCGGAUCUCUCUCAGCCCUCUCUUUACCAUACCCCUCGCGUCGCCGUCCCUGAAAGAUCUCGCCCUUCCGUCGGCGUCUUAUCACCCCCGCUGGAGCCCCAGAUCGCCGUCAAGUCAACUAAGCGUGCCUGCAUCGUCGGGGUGGCUCUCCAUUGUUAUUUCAAGCAGAUCUCUCAGAUGCCCGCAUGGUCUAAGCUCGAAUUCUGUAGAUUCGCGGCUGCUUGGGCUGGUCAAGAUUGCCCGUGCAGCAAAGAGCUUGAUGGUGGCGGCGGUGGUGAUGGUGACGAAGGAAAUGAAGGAAAAAGUUUUGAGAAUUUUGCUAUUACCAAUGGCAAUUGGCAUGGGCAUGAGAUUGAGGAUGUUUCGGAGGAGAUGGGUAGGUUGCAGAUCGAAAGGGAGGGGGAGGUGGAGAAUUUAGAAAACACAGGUGUGAGGAUUCCAUUGCCAUGGGAGCUUUUGCAGCCGAUUUUGAGAAUUCUGGGCCACUGCUUGUUGGGUCCUUUGAAUACACAAGAUGUCAAAGACGCGGCUUCCAUGGCCGUAAGGCGUUUGUACGCGAGGGCCUCUCAUGAUUUGGUUCCCCAGGCGAUCUUGGCUACCCGAAGCCUAAUUAACCUUGAUAAGAGUGCACGCGCAGCUGCCAAGGCUGCUGCUGCCGCGGCAAAUGCGUCCUCUAAUGCUAACACACCCAGCAAAGCAAAGAAGCCGGAAAUUCUUCUGGUUUCAAAGUGAUUGGUAUGGUUCUCAUCUUGAUGUGCAGCUUAUGUUUGGAUGUAUAGUUAAUUUUGAGGCUAUUCAGAAGCAUUCCCAUUCCAUCUAAGUUAAAUUUCUAUAUCCAAAGCAGUGUUCUAAUUUAUAACAGUUGAUCCCGUCCUUGUUAGAAAUAUGUUUAGGUGAGUUUGCUCUGCCUUUGCCGAGUUUGUCAUUGUUCAAAUGUAUUGUUUUGAAUAGAAUUGUUGUUUUUUCUUCUUUCAUUUGGAGGAAUGCAUUUUGCCCCUUGUUUUAGAA